UUAUGAUGUCCUUCUUGAUGUCAUGCUGCAGCCAAGAGCAAAUAAAAUCUUUCAUGGCUGUUGGAGGUCAACAGGUUGGUUUAGGUGGAUUUUUUGGUUGGGACAAUACUUCUAGUAGUUUAGAUGCUGGGUUUGGUGGCCUGACAGGUGGAUCAGGUGGGUUACGUGGGUUUGGUGGCCUGACAGGUGGGUUUAGUGGCUUGACAGGUAGCUUAGCUGGUGGGUCUGUUAGCUUGGGUGGUGGGUCUAGUGGCCUGGGUGUUAGCCUAACAGGUGGGUUUGGUGGCCUGGAGGGUGGGUCUGGUGGUCUAGCAAGUGGGUCUGGUGGCCUACAGGGUGGCCAGGCUAAUGGGUCUCUUGGCCUGGCUAAUGGGUCUGGUGGCCUGGAGGGUGGGUCUAGUGGCUUGACAGGUAGCUUAGCUGGUGGGUCUGUUAGCUUGGGUGGUGGGUCUAGUGGCCUGGGUGUUAGCCUAACAGGUGGGUUUGGUGGCUUGGCAGGUGGGUCUAGUGGCCUAGAGGGUGGCCAGGCUAAUGGGUCUCUUAGCCUGGCUGGUGGGUCUGGUGGCCUGGAGGGUGGGUCUAGUGGUCUGGCAGGUGGGUCACGUGCUCCCCAAUUGGAUGAUACUUUUGGUCAGGGGCUUCAAGGUAUCCCUCUAACUCAACUGUUAACAGGCAAAAUUUUCGAGCAAGGGAGCAAAGGGCAUGGGUUUACCCCUGAUUCAUUAGGGGAGGCAGAUAUUUAUGGUACACAAGGUAAUGGGAAAGAAGAUAAUUGCACAAAAACGCAAUCUCAUACUGAAAACCUAGAGACUGAGGCAUAUCAUGUUCCCUGGCCUCAAACAUAUCGUAACAAUCAACUUGAGCCUACAACUAACCUUGCGAAUCAGAGUUGUGAUUUGAAAGAAUUUCCCGAGGGGUGGAGUGAUUGUUGUUUAGAAAUCGAAGGAAACAACAAAGAGUUGCAAAUUGUUGCUAACGGACAGGUAGAGAAAACAACAGAUGUCAGAGCUACUCAUUCUAGAUUAAUUCCACCUGGUCAUGCUCGAGUCACAAUUACAGAAGAUAUUGUGCCAACUGCUCUCUUGCCAUGUCCUAAUGAGGAACUAGUUUAUGUUUGUCAUGCAAAGAAAAGCUACACACCUUGGCCGAUUACCUUGAUUUUUCCGAGAAAGACCAUUACCCACUCAGAAAAAGUGUUAAAUGUAACAACACCAUCUCCACAUUUAGCAUCAUCUCAAGUAUGCACAACUCCUAAGUACGUUAUCACCGAAAAGGAUCGUGAGAUGGUGACUUCCACGUGGUUACGUAUGUUAAAUACUCAUGCUAUGGUAUUGAAAAAAAGGGGUGUGACACUCUCUAUACCAAUACCAAAAUGCAUGUUUCUUAAUGAAGAUGUGGGUGUGACGCUUGACUACGAGGACUUGUUGGAUUGGUGUUUUAAAAGAGAGGUUGGAGAAUCCCAAAUGAACAUUUUCAUAAAGUACUUGAAAGGUCAUUGUCAGAAUGAAGGUGUCUCGGGUAUGUACGGAUUCUGUGACACAAAUGUUUUAUCUCCAAUGACACCAACUAUAGAUGAGGAGGUUCGAUCCGACUAUCUAGCUCGUGUUUUUGGAUACAACGAGGGAAAGAAUGUCAAUCAACUCUUCUUUGCUCCUUAUAAUGAUAAUAUGCAUUGGAGGUUAGCUGUUAUUAGUCCUUGGAAUGGACUAGUGUGCUAGUUAGAUCCGGCCGGGGAAGAAAACGAGAUCAAUGAGUUUGCUAAAAAGAUCAUAAAUGAGGGAUUAAAAAAAUUCAACAUGGUCCAUCGAAAGGACAUUAAGAAGAUAAAAAAGGAUCCAUAUAUUGAGUGGAAGCAACCUAAGUGUCCUCGACAACCUCAAUACUCCAAGGUUUGUGGAUACUAUGUUUGUCGCUAUAUGCUUGAGAUUAUACAGAAAAGGGUAUUGUGGGUUUCUGAUAAGCUUUUUAAAGCGGACCCCUGUACAUAUUCAACUGAAAAUAUUGACGAAAUUAGAGACUUGUGGGCUAAGUAUGUUCUAGAGCUUGAACAAGAUGAUGUUAAUGAAGGAAAUGAAGAUGGUAUAGACAUUGCGUGAGUUUAGUUUGUCCAUUACUUUUGGGAAAAGUAUUGCGAUUUUUAGAAUUUUUUGUAUAGUACUUUUGGAGCUUAUCUUAGAUGGCAUGGAAAUUAAAUGAGUGGUUUAAAUUUUUGGGGAAUACUGGAUUUUUUUUUGCAAAUGUUGCUGUAUAGUAUUUUUGGAGGUUAUACUAUAAUUAAUGGAUAUAUGUAAAAGUGUUUAUCAACUUUUGUUUA